UUUUACACAUCACCCUCCCCACACACACUCAUGCACAAAGAUCCCCCAUUCAGCCUUAACAGAUCGGUGGGACAAGGGGUGUUAGCAAGCACCUAUGAAGGUCGGCACGGCACCUGGGCCGCUUUGUCUCCUCGUCAAUGAAUCAUGGCAUGCAUCGUCUUACACACACACAACAGCACGCACUUUAUUCGUAUUGUUUGGUGUUAUUGAUGUAGUGCAUAUUGCACCGCUAUCUACAUCUAAAACGCCGUACCCCGAGCACGCAUUGUAGGUUGAAAUUUGAGUGCGGGUGUGGAUACAAGAAUGUGGCGAAUGUAGGGUGAGAGGGCGGAUGACGGAAAUUAUUCCGCGGCGUAAUUACGCUUGGUCGGUGGUUGAUCGUGACAUAGAUCGCAUAAAUUCGACGUUAACUCACUCAGCCUCCUGUGGACGGGCAGAGUCAUAAUUAACGAUCGUUGUGGUUUAGGUAUUGGCCCAUUACAAAAAUGACGCAUUAAACCGAAUUGAAUGCUCGUAAUUAAAUCAUAAAUAGUUUCGAUCUUUUUCCGCUUUCUGAAGACACUGACUUGGUGCAGUAGUGUGUAUGUAUAGACGUUAUGGCUCGCGUGCAUGUACUUAUUAUUAAGUAUAAAUGCCAGGCACAGACGCUUAAUGAAUUUACAUGGAAUUGGGACAGUCACGUUAAUCUGACUGCAGCUGUGCACACAGAGCAGAGUGCGCAUAUUAACACAGCGCACGCAUUGAUGAUUCGCUUAUAAUUAUCCUUGGGGUUAUUGGGAGCCGUGGGAUUAACAACAGCUGUAAAUACCGUGACUACCUUUUAGAAUGGCGUUUGGGCACCCAUAAAAAGGGCACCAAUAGGAAUUUUAAGCGUCGUAAAGUUCCCUACUGUCCUCAUUGGUUUUGUCAUCACCUGCACCAGCGAUCGAACCGUGCGGCCGCUUUCGUGCAGGGGGCAAACUUCGAUCGCCCAAUUCCACAAUGUUGAGUUGCAAAAGCGUUAUGGCGGGGCUGUACGUCACAUGGGUGGCAACAAUACUCCAGGGGCGUUGCCUCGUUCGAGCGAGCGACGUAGAGAGAAUUGUCCUUGAGUAAAAGACACAGAGCUCGGUCAGUACCACAGUGUGUGCGGAUCACUGCCAAUGCAGGGUAAUCUACAACUCUGUAACCAAACCCGCAGAUUAUUUAUUUGUGCACACCCUCGGUUAUAGAAAAUUAGAGAGACACGCCAUGUUUUGGUCGCAUGGAUGAGUUGGGUUGUUUGCUAAACGCUCGCUGUUUAACUUCAGAAGCAGGAUAACUUAUUUCUAGAUACCACCGUGAUAUAUCUCCUAAUCGGAGCGGCGCGGCUCUGCUUGAGCGCUUUAAAGCCAGGAGUGACGGCGCGUCUCUGGGGAGCGAGAGAGAGGGAGAAGGCACUGGCUUUCAACCCAGGUGCGCCUCAGUUUUCUUGUCGUCUCAGGGACCGGCAGAUACUGAUCGGCGUCUGUAGAGAGACAAUCGCGAUGGACGAUGAGGUGGAGGAGGAAGACCGGGUCUCCGUUUCCUGGGGGUCGCGUGCCACGGACGGCGCCACCUGUUCCGAUGGCUGCUGGGGCGACCCUUCCACUCUCUCCACCAGCUUCUCUCCUCCACGCCGCGGUGCCAAAGACCGCACCGGUGCUGGUACCAAACCUCCGGCAGCCACCUACGGCAACGAAGACAGCAACGAAGUGGACGACAACGACGAUGACGCGCAACAGCAACCCCUGCUGAUGCAGCCAGGAGGCGAGGCGAAGGCCAUCCCGACCUGCCGCCGGCGAGGUCCCAAAGCGCGCAAGGCACGGCCGGAGCGCUUCAGGCUGCGGAGGCUGAAAGCCAACGCCAGGGAGAGGAACCGCAUGCACGGGCUGAACGCGGCGCUCGACGGCCUGCGCCGUGUGGUGCCGUGCCACUCGCGCACGCAAAAGCUCUCCAAGAUCGAGACGCUCAGGCUGGCGCGCAACUACAUCGGCGCGCUCUCCGAGAUACUGCGUACGGGACGCAACACCGAUCACGGCGGCUUUGCCAGGACCCUGUGCCGGGGUCUCUCGCAGCCUACGGCCAACCUCGUAGCGAGCUGCCUACGCCUGGGUAUCGGGCCGUGCCACAAGGUGGCUGGGGGCUCGUUUGAGUCGUCUCAACCGUCGUCAGAGCUCGUGGGCGCGCAGUGCGUUUCGUACGCGAGGGUCAGCACCGCGGACAGCGCCCUCAUCCCGCAGCAGCAACAGCAUCAUCACAUUCCCGUUGUCGGCGCCCGGUGCGCUCAGGUGUGCUCUGCAGCAGACGGGCUGGCUGACUCCGUGUACAGCCCACCUUACCCCUAUGCCAAGCACGACGUGCAGAGGCAGCAGCCGGGGUUCGUGGCGAGGGGGCUCGUGGCAGGGACAGGACCGGACCCCCUACAGGUCCCGCUGACAUCCCUCCUGCACGCAGCUGCCGGCCUCCGUGAUGAGUUUUCCUGAUCAGCCGAGCCAAGACGGCCUCUUCGCCCACGCGAACUGACUUGCAGUGUUUGUGGUGCCAUAUAGAUGCACUGGGUGAGGGAUGUUUCAAAGCACGUAUGUGGACUUUUGGAUACUAUGUGUGUCACGAUGCAUCGGGUUUUUUAUCGUCAAAUAAUAUCGAUUUUUUUCCGCCUCGCGAUGCAAGCGUCGAAUAAAGUGUAAGAACGUG